UCCAAAAUCGGUUGGAAUAUUAACCACCGUCCCUACUCCCCUCCUUCCCGGCUAACCACUAGUGCUGAGAUAGAGGAACACCGGAUAACGAGGCUGCUUCUCUUGUGCAUAUAUUUGUGUAGAUAUAAAUAAGCGUCUCCUCCUGCUGCGCUACUUGCAGAUCGAUCCAUCCCAACACCCUGCGUUCUUUUCUCUAUCCUAUAUCUUGCAUGCCGAUGAGGGAGGGAUUCUUCUAGUUCAUUCGAUCGAUCGGACCCAGCUUCUGCUGUCCAUCUAUAUAUCUGGUAGCUUGAUUUGUUGCUGUGCCGCCGGCGAUUAACAUGGACCGCUUCGCCGAGACCGAGGGGAAGAGGGCGCACGACCCGCUCUACAGCCCGCGCCGCGCCGCCAGGGCCACGGCCACCGGCUUCCCCGUCGGCGAGCACGGGGAGGUGUUCGCGGGGCCGCUGAUCGUCGGCGCGGGGCCGGCGGGGCUCGCGGUGGCGGCGUGCCUCACCAUGCGCGGCGUGCCGUACGCGCUGCUCGAGCGCCACGGCUGCAUCGCCUCGCUGUGGCGCCACCGCACGUACCGCCGCCUCCGCCUCCACCUGCCCAAGCGAUACUGCGAGCUGCCGCUCAUGCCCUUCCCGUCCAGUUAUCCCGAGUACCCCACCAGGGAGCAGUUCCUCGACUACCUCGAGGAGUACAUCCGCACCUUCGGCAUCAGGCCCUUCUUCCGCCAGGAGGUCGUCAGCGCCGAGUUCGACGGCGAGUUGUGGUGCGUGCGCACCAAGGAGAUCGUCACGGCCACGAUCGACGGCGGCAAGGAGGCCGUCCUCAGCACCGCCACCAGGGAGUACCGCUCUAAAUGGCUUGUCGUCGCUACGGGUGAGAACGCCGAGCCCGUCGUGCCGGAGAUCGACGGCAUCGACUGCUUCAAGGGCCAGGUCAUGCAUUCGUGUGAUUACCGCAGCGGCGAGCCCUACCAGGGCAGCAAGGUGCUCGUCGUCGGCUGUGGCAACUCCGGCAUGGAGGUCUCCCUCGACCUCUCCAACCACAAUGUGCACACCUCCAUGGUUGUGCGUGACACGAUGCAUGUUCUUCCAAGGGAGAUUAUGGGGCUCUCCACCUUUGGGUUGUCCUUGUGGCUUCUCAUGUGUUUAUCAGUCCAGACAGUUGAUAAGAUCCUCCUCCUCCUCACGCGGCUCGUGCUAGGGGACACUGCACGUCUUGGCAUUCCUCGGCCUAGCAUUGGCCCAAUGGAGCUGAAGAAAAUCUCCGGGAAGACGCCGGUGCUUGAUGUGGGCACCAUUGCCAAGAUCAAGUCUGGGGACAUUAAAGUGCUCCCGGCAAUUCAAAGUUUUCGAGAGCAUGAUGUGAAGUUUAUCGAUGGCAAGACCGAAGACUUUGAUGCUGUGAUCCUUGCCACCGGUUACAAAAGCAAUGUUCCUUAUUGGUUGAAGGAGAACGAUUUUUUCUUUGAGAAAGAUGGAUUUCCACGCAAACCAAAUGAAUGGAAAGGAAAGAAUGGGCUCUAUGCUGCUGGAUUCUCAAGACGUGGACUCCUUGGCGUGUCAAUAGAUGCCACGAAGAUUGCUGAUGACAUUGCACGGUGUUGGAGUGACAUAGGGUAUGAAAAACACAAGACCAAAUGAUACCCAAUUGGCUUCAAAAAUUUUGUGAAUACGUGUACUAGUCUAUUUACUUAUCAUUCUAACUGGUAGAUACGCUAGGAAAGACAAAUGCUAAGCGCUUAUCUAUCAGCAUACUCGUAUAGUUAAACUAGGCUAGUACAUGUAGCAUUUCCCCCCAUUAUUUCCAUGUUGUAAAUAAAUCAUAUUUAACCAUUUUUCACCUUUUAGUUUUGCUCUAACAUUAGAGAGCCACCAAAUAGGAUUUGAAUCUGAGAGACAUGAGGGUGAUUUGUUUUUUCCCCUUAUUCUUUUUCAAAAGAUUCUUUUAUUUUGGCAAAUGAUGUAAGUUUUUUUU